GGUUAUUUUGCCAAUAAGAUGUAUGGAUGAUACAAUAAAAAGAUGGUCAACAUUGCAGAACCCAACUACCACAAAGCCACACAGACGUAUAGUCCACAAGAGAACAAAAAAUCUCUCACUGAGAACAACAUACUCCAUAUCAUUCUAAGGCUGCGUCCCAUGGUGGCUGAUUCCUUAUGUGUACCAAUGUCUUUAGACCAUAUAUAAUAUGCUGCUGUGUUGUUGUUUUUUUUACCAAUCUGUUUUACUCUGCUCGAAACUGGCCAGCCAGAAAGUAUAAUGGCUCCACCGCAACCCGUCAGUUGCUUAGAAAUAAGAGUAGAAUACUAUCUUUUGGGAGACUUUUUUUUUUUUUUAAUUAUCGCCAAGAAAGUUUAUCAUUUGUUUGUUUUGCAUUGCUGAAACACAGUUUCCAUCGUUGGAGCAAUCUCUUAUGUACAAGAAAGAAAAAGAACAAGAAAUCAGUACUAAUUUAGAGAAUUUUCUGGGAGUUAUGGCAAGAUGGGGUUACCUUUUUUGAAAGAAAAGAUAAAAAAAAAAAGGUGGGAAAUGAGGCUAAUGGAAAAAAUGUCGCAGAAGAUGCGAGAGUCAUAAGGGCAGGCUGGCGUCCAUCAUAACAAGCCUUUGCGAAUAUCAAACAAUCUACCCAUG